GGACUGCAGCAGGGCGUUUUUUUUUUUAAUAAAGGAGGGCUGAACCCGGACGAAACAUGGAAAGAAACAGAAAACGUCGAGUCUCGAGCUUGUCAACAUCUGCACUUUAAGGAAACGCGUAACAAGGGUUCAGCAGCCAGUGGGACAGGAGAACUCACUGCAGACAUCACAUCAGGAUCUAACCAGUGAAAACUUGGAUCUGUUUCGGGCUUCCUAAAGCACCUGCUCUUCAGCGUUUUAAGCAUCUAACUGUAGCCAAACCAACAGCCUCGUCUCAUUAAUAGUUAACUGGUUCUUAAAGGCAACUUGUGUAUCAUUGUAAUUUACGACCAAGUCUCGAAGCUACAACAUCUUUUCAUUGAAUUUACACAAGUGCCACUGCAGAGCUUUUUAUAACAACUAUUGAUUCARUCGGACGCUUGUGAAUAAUUUACACAUCUCAACAUCUGAUUGUGUUUCCAAAGAAGUCUCCGACAGAGUUGUACACUAUUAAGUCCACAGUUUCAGGAUGGUGGAGCCACAGAUUCAGGCCACCGGCAUGGCCGCCAAGCUCAGGAACCAGUGGGAUCGCGACCAAGGCCUGGGAAGGAACGACAACGCAGUGAAGUUUCUGAGUCAGGACUUUGAGUCUCUCAGAGCUCAGUGCCUUCAGAGCAGGAGACUGUUUGAGGAUGACCUGUUCCCCGCUUCUCCAAUGUCUCUGGGAUUUAACGAGCUCGGUCCCAGAUCCGCCAAAACCUCCGGAGUCCGCUGGAUGAGGCCCACGGAGAUCUGCAGACGGCCCGAGUUCAUCGUAGAUGGAGCCUCUCGUACCGACAUCUGUCAGGGAGCUCUGGGGGACUGCUGGCUGCUGGCAGCUAUCGCCUCGCUGACCUUAAACGACACCCUCCUCCACCGAGUGGUGCCUCACGGACAGAGCUUCCAGCAUCAGUACGCUGGCAUCUUCCACUUUCAGUUCUGGCAGUUUGGCGAGUGGGUGGAGGUGGUGAUUGAUGACCGGCUGCCGGUGAAGGACGGGAAGCUGCUGUUCGUCCACUCGGCUGAGGGAAGCGAGUUCUGGAGCGCUCUGAUGGAGAAGGCUUAUGCCAAACUGAACGGCUGUUACGAGGCCCUGUCGGGCGGCAGCACGUCGGAAGGCUUCGAGGACUUCACAGGUGGCGUGACGGAGAUGUACGACCUGGCAAAAGCCCCCUCCGACCUGUUCAGCAUCAUCAGCAGAGCCGUGGAGAGGGGCUCGCUGCUCGGCUGCUCCAUCGACAUCACCAGUUCUAGAGAUAUGGAGGCCGUCACGUUUAAGAAGCUGGUGAAGGGACACGCCUACUCUGUGACGGGUGUGGACAAGGUGGAUUACAGAGGAACUCCGACAAAGCUGGUUCGCAUCAGGAACCCAUGGGGUGAGGUGGAAUGGACCGGUUCCUGGAGCGAUGACUCCAGAGAGUGGGACGGUGUGGAUCCAUCAGUCAGAGGUCGACUACAAAACCGCAGUGAAGAUGGAGAAUUCUGGAUGUCUUUCAAUGACUUCCUGAGAGAGUUCAGCCGCCUGGAGAUCUGCAACCUGACGGCAGACGCCCUGAAUGACAGUCAGCUGAAGAAGUGGAGCUCGUCGCUCUUUCAGGGGGAGUGGAGGAGAGGCAGCACUGCUGGAGGCUGCCGCAACUACCCAGCAACCUUUUGGCUGAAUCCCCAGUUUAAGAUCGAGCUGACGAACCCGGACAAACCCGGACAACGAGACUGUAGCUUUCUGGUCGCCCUCAUGCAGAAGGACCGCAGGAAGAAACGACGAGAGGGUCAGGAUAUGGAGACCAUUGGGUUUGCUUUGUAUGAGGUUCCAAGUGAGUUUGCUGGGAAGUCGGGCGUCCACCUGAAGCAGAACUUCUUCCUGACUAACGCCUCUAGAGCUCGCUCCGAGCAGUUCAUCAACCUGAGGGAGGUCAGCUCGCGGCUGAAGCUGCCGGUUGGAGAGUACAUCUGCRUCCCCUCCACCUUCGAGCCGCACAAAGAGGGUGACUUUGUCAUCCGGGUUUUCUCUGAAAAACCUGCAAACGCAGAGGAGCUGGAUGACAAAGUUGUGGCAGAUAUUCCACCAGAGGUUCAGCUGCAUGAGAGCCAGAUUGAYGACAGCUUUAAGAAUCUCUUCAGACAGCUGGCUGGACCCGACAUGGAAAUCAGUGUCACAGAGCUGCAAACCAUCCUGAACAGAAUCAUCCAAAAACAUAAGGACCUGAAGACCGAUGGCUUCGGUAAAGAAGCGUGUCGCAGCAUGAUAAACCUCAUGGACACGGACGGCAGUGGGAAGUUGGGUCUUGCAGAGUUCCAUGUUCUCUGGGAGAAGAUCAAACGAUACCUGACCAUAUUCAGGCAGUUUGACUUGGACAAAUCCGGCACCAUGAGCUCCUACGAGAUGAGGAUGGCUCUUGAAUCUGCAGGUUUCAAGCUCAACAACCACCUGUUCCAGCUGAUCAUCCUGCGUUACACAGAGGCCGACAUGGCUGUUGACUUUGACAACUUUGUUAACUGUCUGGUCCGACUGGAGACCAUGUUCA